CAGAUGGAAAGUGAAAGUGAGCGGCCAGUGGCGGGGACACGUGUUUUCUGCGAAUUGAGCCGCGGAGGGAGGAGCCUGCCGGGGGAGGGAGCCCGAGCCAUAAAACCGCGAGCGAUGAGCGGAGGCAGAGCAGUCCGGCUCCAGCGCGCCGCGCAGCCCCUGGCAGGCUGGGAUUGCUGCGGGCGCCAGGCAGGACUCGCGGGCAGAUUAUGGUGGUGCUAUUCCUGGGGCCAGGCCUACGAGUGCACCACUGCCGCGCGGGGGCGACGGGCUUGCGAGGCGGCCGUGCUCGCCGCUCGGGUUUAUGGUGCCCUGUGCCCGUCCAAGGAGCAGCGCUGAUCCCCGCGGCUCCGGGCAGAGAAGAAUAGCCGCUGGAGAGCUGCACUGCCCUGGCCACUGACGCUAUGGAAGACCGCAUCCGCUGGUCUAGUCUAUAGGAUGGUAGCGCACAGUAAGGUGGCAGCAGAUAAUGCAGUUGCAGCAGAUCCGAGAUGUCGACUUGACCCUCCAGCACGGGAUCAUUCUCGGCCUAGAGGUUACCAUGGCCCAGCUCGGUCCAACACUGGGCAGGCGCAGAGCGACACACACUUCCGAACUUUCCGCUCGCAGGCGGAUUUCAGUAGCAUCACCCGUGCGAGUGCCCUGCUGGAUGCAUGUGGCUUUUACUGGGGUCCACUGACUGUCAGCGCGGCCCAUGAGAAGCUGAAAUCUGAGCCCGAGGGCACCUUCCUCAUCAGGGACAGCAGACAAAAAAAUUGCUUCUUUGCCAUCAGUGUUAAGACUGCUACUGGGCCCACCAGCAUCCGAAUAAACUUCCAGUCUGGGCGUUUCAGCCUGGAUGGCAGCAGGGAGAGUUUCGACUGUCUCUUUAAGCUACUGGAACAUUAUAUAAGCUCCCCGAGGAAGGUGCUGGUCACCCCACUACGCAAAGUCCGUUUACGGCCAUUGCAGGAGCUCUGCCGGAAAAGCAUUGUGGCAACAUUCGGGAGAGAGAAUUUAAACCACAUCCCUCUCAAUCCAGUUUUAAAGGACUACCUGAAAUCUUUCCCAUUUCAGAUAUAAAUACAGCAUUAACUGCGCAUGUGUGUGUGAGAGAGAGAUGUGUGAAGACAACUGGGUUUUUUAAUCUAUUUGGGAGUGACCAAAUUUAUUUUUGUAGCAACUUACUGUAUUUUGUGAUGGAACCUGAACACUUGACUUCUUAUGUUUACACAAACUGUUUGCACAAACCCAGGGUUCUUAAACUCUGGCAUUAUUUUUCUGCUGGGCAGAAUAUUCUAUUUUAUAAUAUUUCUAAUGAAAAUAACGUAAUAAACUUUAUUGUGAAAGUUUUUAAAAAAA